AUGACGGCAGCCACUUUCCGUCGUCGUCCCAACUUCGACCAAGGCCCGACGUACAACCACCGUAACGCAAUCACGACCCCACAGCUGCCUUAUCAUACCUUCUCGGCUUCACGGCAUCAUGUCGCUGCCCAACAUGUCGACAUGGCCGGCUAUGAGCCCAGUGUCAAUGCGCAACCAUCCGCCAACAUGCCCGACAGCGGCCAGCGGCGCGAGGACAGCUAUUCCCCUGACGACACGCCGACAAAGUCCUCGGCGUUACAUCACUCGGUGCCCGAUAAACAACAUGACUUUAUGAAUAACAACCCAGCGACCGACCCGCCCUACCUAGGCAUCCAGCAUACCCCAGCGCCGCCGCCGCUGCCCGCCACUGACGACACGUCUGAAGGCCAUUACAGUAUGCUCCCGCCCCCAAACUCGGUCCACGCGUCAUGGCAGGCCCUGCACGAGUUUGCGCAAUCACACGCCUCAGAACACGGAUACGCGCUUAGUAUUAAUACCACGGCCAAGAACCGGUCGCGGAUAAAGUUGGCCUGUGUUUGCUAUGGCCAGCCAAAGAACACCCACAAACUGACGGCCGAGACGAGGGUCCGGAAGAACAGGGUCAGCUAUAAGACGGGAUGUAAGAUGUGGAUUGAGGGCAAGAAGCAGGAAGACGGGACUUGGCUAUUGCGUGUUGGGGAACCCCAACACAACCACGCGGGGCGUGAGAGUGCGGGGUGGGCUGUACAGCGCAAGCGCACGUGGGGCGUUGUCGGCGGUCGCAUCGGAGUUGGGGGUGUCACUGCAAAGGAGGAGCUUGCGAGAUUAAACCUCACUGACAGUAAGGACGUUCAGGAAGACGCAGAAGCGGAAGCAGAGGCCGAUGAGGAAGAAGCCGGAGGAGCAUCAUCAUCAUCAUCAUCAACAGCCAACAAGCACAUGCAUAGUCUCGAACGCGGAGGUCUCGUCUGGAAAAUUGUCGAGCAGGAAAUGCUACGUAGAGGCGAAACAAACCAAGGCCGCGAUCGAGGCGUCGGCCGCACAGUCGAAGUCCUGCAGGCACGGCUCCCAGGCAUACACAUAUUCAAACGCGACGUAUACAACAUACGAGCCCAGAUCAAGAGAGCCCGUAAAGCCGCAGGUCAACAAAUCGGUGACGGCAUCAACAGCUCAGAUGACGAAGCCGAAGUCCAAGUCGAACCUCACGACGCUACUACACCCGACGAAGCACCCGCUCCCAACCCGCAACCACGACCACAGCAAGCCGAGCAUACCCACCGAGCCCCACUUCCACCCUCCAGACUACCACAACCCCCUCCACCCAGCAUAUACCAGCCCACAUCGCUCCUCGCCACCAAAACCUCAGCUCCCAAGUUCACGGCCCCUCGACAAGACCCCCGCAUCGACCCUCUGCUCAACGACAUACCUCCCACACCAGCCCAUUCAGGAAUGAUGGUAGCAAGUGAAGUGGAGCAGCUACGGCUGGAGAAUGCAGAGUUGAGGCGGUUGUUAACGGAGAAGACAAAGGAGGUCAAGGAGAAGACUAUUGAGAUGGCGAGCUUGAGGAGCCAGGUUGAGUUGCUGAGUAAUAUGAUGAUGACGAGUGGGAGGGGUUUAUUGGCUGGAUAG